AUGGCGGAUGCUGGCCACCCAUACCCGUCCAAGUCCGAGAUGUCUUCCUCUUCGCCACCUGCCUACGAGGAUGUAGCAGGCGAGGGCUCUCAGUCUUCAGCCCCAAGGCCACAGCAGAGAUCCAGCGGUGCAGUGACACUGACUAUACAUGGCAAGGAAAUAUAUUCUUCUGCCAGUCAGGGUGGCCAGCCAGUCUACAGCUUAACUCAUGCUCUGGAUGGCCACGAGUUGAAUCAGUACGGAGUUUUGUUGACACGUAUUGAAGAUCGGGCAGUCUCAUCUACUUCUUCUCGAGGCACGCCAACUACCAAGGCUGUCAAGCGGGAUGUUUUUGCUCUUCGUGAUGCGCCAGUCCUUCACAUAGGGCAUGCUCGUUACGAGAUUGAUGGCCGAAGGUACUUGUCAGAUAAAAGGGGUCGCAUGAGCAGGUCAUCCUUUGGAGUCGGAUCAGGGUGGACCGCCUGGGGUAAAGGACUGCCGUCAUUCUAUCUUCAGAGAUCAGAGAGUGGUAAUGCUGCUCAAGUUGGUGAGACUACCGACUCAUCCUUUUAUGAAUGGCGUGAAAAAGAGAAUGGCCCCUUGAUAGCCAUGGAGACACGGAGGCGUUGGGAUAUGGAGAAUAAAGUGGAGAUAUCGCCCCCUCGACUAGAAUUGAUGAAAAGUUGGGAUGAUUUCGACAGGGAAUACUUGGAUUUUAUGAUUGCCGCAUGGUGUAUGCACAACUGGAGAGAGGCCAAAGAUAUCAUCAAGGAACCCAUCACAUGGGAUGAGUUCAAAGAGCAAGCCCGAGUCACUGCUUCAAAGCGAAAACAGGUCUUAACUGGUGGAGGUCGCUCGACUGCCUUUGGACUUGCUGGAUUUGCAACAUAA